UGAAGAAGAAGGUGCCUGCACAUUUCAGUAGAUCAAACGCUGUGCCCGCAGUUGGUUUCAUUUUGUUCCGCUUGAGAGGGUACCCAGAACGAAGAAGUCUGAAUCGCAUCCGUUGAAGAAUGGACAUGAUUCAACAUCUGUUAUUAUGGGCUGUGUUGGUGGUUUGCUGUUUAGCUGAGCGGCAGUACUUCCUCCAGUCGAACUCAUCCACCUGGGAACAGGCCAGACUCCACUGCCAGGUGUGCUAUAAAGAGCUGGUGAGCCUCACCCCUGACAACAACCUGCAACUCGUCCAGAACCUAAACUCUAGUUACUGGAUCGGCCUCCGCAAGACUAUCCGCAAUGACUCCUACCCCUGGUCCAGCUGGUCCAACGGAGACCCCCUCACCUUCCAGAACUGGUACCCUGGCCACCCCGUACUCUCCAAGCCCAACGACCAUGUGAUGAAAGUUAAUUACGGCUCCAGCCUCCCCAAUGAAUGUGGGUGUUCCUGCACCAAUGAGAACAAGCCUACCAAUGUUACCCCGGCACCUACUGCUGCCGGUAGCUACAAUGAUACUGGUUACGGUAAUGAUACAGAUGACCCUUUCCCAGAGGAUGAAAACAUGACAACGUUAUCAAUGAUGGAAGCCAUGGCAAAGAUGAAAGUAAGAGAGACAGCUGAGAGGACAACAAUGGCAACAGAGGUGACAACGAUGACAUCUGAAAUGACUACGGGACCAACGUUCUUUACAGGAGUUACUGGUGGCAUCAGUGGGACGAAUGAGACGGACACAGAUGAGAACCAGUGCAUAGCCCUAUACAGUUUUGGACUUUGGUUUGAUCAAAUCUGCUCAAAGCCUACCCCCUAUAUCUGCUAUGAAGACCGUUUCUACGGGAACGCCACCAUGACCAACAAGACCCUACACAGCGGGACUCUGCACUGGACCCGCGGGCCUGGUGACAUCAGCGACUACAGGGUGGAGGUCAACUCCUCUGACUACAACCUGACCCUAAACCACAGCAACUUGAACCGGACUUACUUGACCUACGACCUUUCCAACCUCACCGCCGGCACCCAGUACAAAGUCCAGGUGUUCCCCAUUAAGUGUGGAAGGGACCUCAACCCACAGAACGUCUCCUUCUACACCAAGCCUGAUGUGAUCAAAUACCUCGACGUCACCAAGGUCUCAGAAACCAACAUCGCCCUGUCCUGGUCCGCUCCUGAGGGCAACCGUGACUUCUACUACAUCCAGGUGAGGGGUCAACCUCAUCUGAAAAUGACCACACACACAGAGAGCGCUGUGGUGAAAGGCCUGAUACCGGGGGGGUACUACACAUUUGAUGUCAACGCCAAAGUGGAGGACGAGUCCAUCGAGGGAGACCCACUGAACAUCUCCUCCUACACCAAGCCAGGAAAGGUGUCAAAUUUAAACGUGUCUGAUCCUACUGCUGACUCUGUCCACCUCCAAUGGGAGCAACCCGCAGGGAAUAUCUCUGGGUUUAGAGUGGACGUCUUGCAUGAAGAAAACGUCAAUAACAAGACGCUGAAAUACAUAGACCUGAACAAUACAAGUCUACGGGUCACGGAACUGCCGGCAGGCGCCAAGCUCUGGCUGAGCGUGGUAGCACUGGUGCCCGACGCAUUUGUGAAAGGAGAGCCCAGCACCGUGAUUGCCUUCACCAGUCCAGGUGGCAUUACUGACUUAGAGUUGGUCCCUGCUACGUACACCAUCAAUGUGACCUGGACAGCUCCCACGGGCAACUACGAGACUUUCAGCGUUCAGCUCAAUCUAACCGCCUUGGAACAGGAAGUUGAAAAAAAGGAGCAAAACGCCAGUCCUCUCUCCUUCACGGGACUGAAGGCAGGAGCCGAAUAUACAGUGACAGUCACCACUCUGAAUGGGUAUCUCAAGAGCCAACCAAGUAGCACAACAGUUUUCACUUUUCCUGUCCACCCGGAACCAGCCAAAAUCGACUCCUUCAGUGAGAGUCAUGUCACCCUGUCAUGGGGAGCCCCCAAGGCAUCCCAAGGCGUAGAACUGACGUACCUGGUCAAAUACACCACUGAAUUCUGGAAUUUGACAAAGAAUGUCAUUGUGAAAAAUGCCACCACCUAUAUAUUUCAUGGGUUGCAUGCUGGGACCAACUACGACUUCGAAGUACGAGUGAAGGCGGGAACCCAGGAAAGCAGUCCGGUCACAGUAUCACAGAUGACAAUUGCUAAGAAGAGGGUUCUGACUAUUACCAUGAAGUGUUCCUCCAUCGUACCCCUCCACUGUGAGGACAUCCGCACACAGACAGAGGUCCUGUCAAAGUUGCAGGAGCAUUUCCGCAAGGAGUUCUACAAGAAGAUAGAUAUUGUGUUCUGGGAACUGGACUGGAGAGAGGCAUAAUAUCUCACACAAGCUUGACCAAAUACUCCUACUUUAAUACACAUUUAAGUGAAUUUGCCGCAACACUUUCGGUCCCCUAAAAUGGUGGUACUAUAUACAAAAAGCGCUGUAAUUUCUGCACGGUUCACCCGAUAUAAAUGAAAAUACACUCAAAUUAAAGAGUACAGAGUACAUAUCUACUUUAA